CCCAUCGAUCGAAUUCAUUCUCUGCUCUCGCUCAGACACUUCGAAGUCACACAGUGAGAUCUUGAGUGCUUGAUUUAAGACGCACGUCUUCCGUUAAUUUGUAUUUGAAGCCGAUCAACUUAUCAACAAUUCAUCAUGCGUGAAUGUAUCAGUAUCCACGUCGGACAGGCCGGAGUCCAGAUUGGAAACGCCUGCUGGGAGUUGUACUGCCUUGAGCACGGUAUCCAGCCUGAUGGCCAGAUGCCCAGUGACAAGACCAUCGGUGGUGGUGACGAUUCCUUCAACACCUUCUUCAGUGAGACCGGUGCUGGCAAACACGUGCCCCGUGCCGUCUUCGUCGAUCUGGAGCCAACUGUUGUCGAUGAGGUCCGCACUGGCACCUACCGUCAACUUUUCCACCCUGAGCAGCUGAUCACUGGAAAGGAAGAUGCCGCCAACAACUACGCCCGUGGUCACUACACCAUUGGUAAGGAAAUCAUCGACCUUGUCCUGGACAGAAUCCGUAAGCUGGCUGAUCAGUGCACAGGUCUGCAGGGUUUCCUGAUCUUCCACAGCUUCGGUGGUGGCACCGGCUCUGGCUUCACCUCCCUGCUUAUGGAGCGUCUCAGCGUCGACUACGGCAAGAAGUCCAAGCUUGAGUUCGCCGUCUACCCCGCUCCCCAGGUGUCCACUGCUGUUGUUGAGCCCUACAACUCCAUCUUGACCACCCAUACCACCCUUGAGCACUCCGACUGUGCUUUCAUGGUAGACAAUGAGGCCAUCUACGAUAUCUGCCGUCGUAACUUGGACAUCGAGCGCCCAACCUACACCAACUUGAACCGUCUGAUCGGCCAGAUCUUUCAGACCAACUUGGUGCCCUACCCACGUAUCCAUUUCCCUCUGGCCACCUACGCCCCUGUUAUCUCUGCCGAGAAGGCCUACCACGAGCAGCUGUCCGUCGCUGAAGUCACCAACGCUUGCUUCGAGCCAGCCAACCAGAUGGUGAAAUGCGAUCCCCGUCACGGCAAGUACAUGGCCUGCUGCAUGUUGUACCGUGGAGAUGUCGUGCCAAAGGACGUGAACGCUGCCAUCGCCACCAUCAAGACCAAGCGUACCAUCCAGUUUGUGGACUGGUGCCCAACUGGUUUCAAGGUCGGCAUCAACUACCAGCCACCCACUGUCGUCCCCGGUGGUGACUUGGCUAAGGUGCAGCGUGCCGUGUGCAUGUUGAGCAACACCACCGCCAUCGCCGAGGCCUGGGCUCGUCUUGACCACAAGUUCGACUUGAUGUACGCCAAACGUGCUUUCGUCCACUGGUAUGUCGGUGAGGGUAUGGAAGAAGGUGAAUUCUCUGAGGCUCGUGAGGAUUUGGCCGCUCUUGAGAAGGAUUACGAAGAGGUCGGCGUGGACUCCGUUGAGGGAGAGGGCGAAGAGGAAGGCGAGGAGUAUUAAACCGAUUUGUUCAUGGAAUAAAACUGCAUAUUCACACCCAGAUAACAAUGACAUAUCAUCAUAAAUACACUAAUUAUAAAGUUUUACAGGUGUUCGACGAGGAAAUGGACAUUGCUUUUGAUUUUUUAAAAUAACCUUUGUAGAUUUUAAUAAAGAUUAAGUCGACUUUA